CCCAAAAUGCAUUCUGCUACAAAGUAAGCUAGAGCAGUACAGCUAGUUUCCAAACAGUUAUUAGAGGCUAGGAAAUACUCAGGGAGUGAAUCUGACCCGCAGAAGUGGAAAGUAGCUCCUUAAUACAACCUCUAGCGAAAUUUUAGCACUGGAUUAUCUUCCUCAUCUCUGUUUCCCAAUUUGAAGAGUUUUGUUUAUGAAAUUUUGCUAAUGACUUGGAAAGAAGACUCUGUCCUAUUUUUCUAUCUGUUCUUAGCUCUUUAGCAUUUAUACUGCCGAGAGAAGAGAUUUUUGCAAAUGUUAAAAUAAAUUUCAAGAUUAUCAUUGCUUGAACUCAUGUCAAAGCUACUUUUCUUCAUUCUCUCAUAAUGCGUUUAGAUUCUGAAUAAUGUUGUGGGUAGUUAUUCAGGUAAUAUCAGCCCAAGCAUUUAACCCUGCUCAGAGUACCAUCUCUGGGAUCGCCUCGGGAGAUAACUUAUUGAUCAACCAGACUUAUACAAUUGUUGUGCAAGCGAAGGACUCUUCUGGUAAUAGUUUAUCAACAGGUGGAGAAGAAAUUAACUUGCUCAUCACAGACCCUUGCACUAGAGGUGCCAAUAUGGUCUGAAUUCCAUCAACUUUCACUCAGAGUGCAACCAACGGUGGAGAGAUUUCGCAACAAUUCACUGACAAUGGAGAUGGAACUUACUCUACCAGCUUUACAUUGAACCAUAUUGGAGAUGCCACUGUAUCAGUGGUGCAUGUGAACAACUUAGGGGUGUCAGCCAAAUACUAUCGCAGCUUCUCAAUAUCUGGGUCUCCAUACUACAUGAACUCACUUCCGUAAUUUAUAUCGUAAUGCUUAGAAACCUCGACUUUUAUUAUUGGGGAGACAUUACUCCUGGA